CGGCCCAGCCAAUGGGCUGGCGGCGCCCGCAUGACCCGCGCCGGCGAGAGGGCGUGGGGAGGCAGGCCAGGCGCGCACGCUGCCGGGCUUAUCACCUCUCCUGGCGCUGUCGGGACGGGAAGUGAGCCGCCCGGACCCUUAGUGCGAGCAAGUCACUGAGUAGACCCGCUACACCCGCACCCGGGGCGAAGCAUGGCGGCCGCCAAGGUGGUUUUAACCAAGAGAGCCGAUCCAGCUGAGCUUAGAACAAUAUUUUUGAAGUAUGCAAGUAUUGAAAAAAAUGGUGAAUUUUUCAUGUCUCCCAAUGAUUUUGUCACUCGAUACUUGAACAUUUUUGAAGAAAGCCAACCUAAUCCAAAAACUGUGGAACUUUUAAGUGGUAUAGUGGAUCAGACCAAAGAUGGAUUAAUAUCCUUUCAAGAAUUCGUAGCAUUUGAGUCUGUUCUGUGUGCCCCUGAUGCUUUGUUCAUGGUGGCGUUUCAGCUGUUUGACAAAGCUGGCAAUGGAGAAGUUACUUUCGAGGAUGUUAAGCAAGUAUUUGGACAGACCACAAUUCAUCAACAUAUUCCAUUUAACUGGGAUUCAGAAUUUGUGCAACUACAUUUUGGAAAAGAAAGAAAGAGACACCUGACAUACGCGGAAUUCACUCAGUUUUUACUGGAGGUACAGUUGGAGCAUGCAAAGCAAGCAUUUGUGCAACGGGACAACGCCAGGACUGGGAGAGUCACAGCUACUGACUUCCGAGACAUCAUGGUCACCAUCCGCCCCCACGUCUUGACACCUUUUGUGGAAGAAUGUCUAGUAGCUGCUGCCGGAGGUGCCACAUCCCAUCAAGUUAGUUUCUCUUAUUUUAAUGGAUUUAAUUCGCUCCUUAACAACAUGGAACUUAUUAGAAAGAUCUACAGCACUCUGGCUGGCAACAGGAAAGAUGUAGAGGUGACUAAGGAGGAGUUUGUUCUGGCAGCUCAGAAAUUUGGUCAGGUUACACCCAUGGAAGUUGACAUCUUGUUUCAGUUAGCAGAUUUAUAUGAGCCACGGGGACGGAUGACCUUAGCAGACAUUGAACGAAUUGCUCCUCUGGAAGAGCCCUUCAACUUGGCUGAAGCCCAGAGGCAGAAGACCUCAGGGGAUUCCUCUCGCCCAAUUCUCAUACAGGUUGCAGAGUCGGCUUACAGGUUUGCUCUAGGUUCUGUUGCUGGAGCUGUUGGAGCCACUGCCGUGUAUCCUAUCGAUCUUGUGAAAACUCGAAUGCAAAACCAACGAUCUACUGGCUCUUUUGUGGGAGAACUUAUGUAUAAAAACAGCUUUGAUUGUUUUAAGAAAGUGCUACGCUAUGAAGGCUUCUUUGGACUGUAUAGAGGUCUCUUGCCGCAGUUAUUGGGAGUUGCACCGGAGAAGGCCAUAAAACUUACAGUGAAUGAUUUUGUGAGGGAUAAAUUUAUGCGUAAAGAUGGUUCAGUCCCACUUGCAGCAGAAAUUCUUGCUGGAGGCUGUGCAGGAGGCUCCCAGGUGAUUUUCACAAAUCCUUUAGAAAUUGUCAAGAUCCGCUUGCAAGUAGCUGGAGAAAUCACCACUGGCCCACGAGUUAGUGCUCUGUCUGUCGUGCGGGACCUGGGGUUCUUUGGGAUCUACAAGGGUGCCAAAGCAUGCUUUCUGCGGGACAUUCCUUUCUCGGCCAUCUUCUUCCCGUGCUAUGCUCAUGUGAAGGCUUCCUUAGCAAACGAGGAUGGGCAGAUUAGCCCGGGAAGCCUGCUCCUGGCUGGUGCUGUAGCUGGUAUGCCUGCGGCUUCCUUAGUGACCCCUGCUGAUGUUAUCAAGACAAGAUUACAGGUGGCUGCCCGGGCUGGCCAAACCACUUACAGCGGAGUUAUAGACUGCUUUAAAAAGAUACUGCGGGAGGAAGGUCCAAAAGCUUUUUGGAAAGGAGCUGGUGCUCGCGUAUUUCGAUCCUCACCCCAGUUUGGUGUAACGUUGGUGACUUAUGAAUUGCUACAGAGAUUGUUCUACAUUGAUUUUGGAGGAGUAAAACCCAUGGGUUCAGAGCCAGUUUCUAAAUCCAGGAUCACACUGCCUACUCCCAAUCCUGAUCACAUUGGGGGCUACAAACUGGCAGUUGCAACAUUCGCAGGGAUUGAAAACAAAUUUGGACUUUGCCUACCCCUCUUCAAGCCAUCAGCAUCUACCUCAAAAGUUACCAGUGGAGUCCUGUAGGACAAUGGACCCCAGGAUGUUGCUGUAGCUCUGCUGUUACUGCAGUAAAGAAUGUCAUAUCUCAGAUUGAAGCAACAUUGCAUUCUUUUCACUUCUAUGUCUUGUUUAAAUUCAAAUUGGGGCUUUUUAUAAAGUGAAAUUAGUCUAUUUGUGUGUGUGUGUGUUUUCUUAACUGGAUCGUUGUGAAAGUAUUAAUACAUAUUAUUUGGGCCUCAGUCCACAAACCUUUGUUUGUAUCUGACAUUUUGCUAAGGUCAACACUAAAUGAUUUGGGAGAUGGAGCAAAUUUGAAUAGAAAUCAGGGCUUUUCUCCUUAUAGUGGGAUUGUGGUUCCAGAGAGGCUUCUGAAAGACAAAUCAUGGUGUUCAGAGGAAAGUGUUUUGUAUGUGUUUGAGCUGGUAAUAAAACUGGGUGCAUAUUUAUAAAAGUUAAAAAAAAAAAAAAAAAACAGUGAAGAAAUGAAAAUAAUAAUCAGAAAUAGCCAUCCUGGCUUCACAUUUUAAACAUGCUGUCUCUGGAUUACAUUAUAAAGCUUUUAUGUGAAACUUUUUUUUUUUUUUUUUAAUGAAAACCAUAUUGAAGAUGUUUAGUAAUCAUGUUCUGUUAUUGCUGGUACCAAGACUACCAAGGGAAAGUCUUUGCACUUUAGAGAAGUAUUUUGGGGGUUUUAUUAUAUGGACAAAGAAACACAGAUGUCGUGCUGCUCCUGGAUAUGCUAAUCUUGGAUAACUUAUCUUCCUGCCUGCUUCAGUAAACACUGUAGGAAAUGCAUGCACCUUCUUGAUGGUACCCAAAUCCACACCCUGCCCCUUGUAAUUGGCACCCAUUUGCUUUUAAAAUCUACCUUAUCUUAAAACAUGUCUAAGACAAAUAUAUUCUAAUAUAGAUUGUUAUUUAAUUUGUGGUACCUUGCGUAAUGUUCAGACUCAUGUGUUUGUGAAGGUAGAAAUAAACUAUUUUUUAAAGCCA